AUGGAUACAGCCCCACUAGCCUACACGGGGGAACCAAGAGAGCACACUAGGGGAAUGGGGAGGAACAGGGGACACCCCUCAAACAUAACCUCACCCCUCUACACACCUAGAGGCGAGCCCGCAUCGUCACUUGAUGGGGACGGACACAAUCAGAGCCCCCCCCCAAGGUAUAUGGGAUGAGAUGGGUACCCUCAAGGAUGACAGGCUGCAUCUGAAACCUCACACAUAGGCACAGUGGAUUGGAGAGUCACUCACCCCUGCACGAGACAAAAUUUUGACCUACGGGGGAGAGGAACAUCCCCACUCCACUCUGGCAAACUGUAAGACCAGAUUGAAAAUAUAUCACUACAUACGCUUGUAUAAACCUUCUCAUGUUGUUAACAAUUAUGUUAUGUUUUUGUUCAUGUUUAUGAUUUUCGGUUUACUAUGCACGAGUGAAACACUGAUCCUGCUAUCCCGAAGGGACCGCCAGACAACAGCAAUAGAAAGGGGGGGAGACCAACAGACUCCUGACAGGUAUGGACUCUCCGCCCCAUACACAAAAGCACCCCACAAGACCGACCCACACAUGACGUUGAAAAUACUAUCCAUUAACGCGAAAGAACUAAACACCCCUACCAAACGGAGACUUUUACUACGAGAUUUAAAAACAAAGCUGGCUGAUAUAGCACUGGUACAGGAGACACAUAUUCCUAAAGCCACAUCGAUCAAACUAGGGGACCGUAUCUAUGACACCACAUACGAGGCCAGGGCACUACGCAAACAAGCGGGAGUAGCUAUACUCCUACAUAAAGGCUGCCCAUUCACAGUGACACAUAAACAGAUAGACCCGGAGGGCAGAUUCAUAGCCAUCAGUGGCACUCACUAUAACACUAAACUACAUAUCGUAAACUUAUACGCACCCAACAACCCCGACCGGGCAUAUUGGGACACCAUAGCAUCCCUACUCACCACCCUGCAAGGGGGCAUACUGGUAGUGGGUGGUGACCUCAACGCUGUCCCCUGCCCAGCAAUCGACCGCAGCUCCAAACCGGGGACACAAAGAUCUCAAGGCAGGGGGGGGACAAGACAAAGUCCUACACUCCUUUCUCCAACACACCGGACUCAUGGAUGCUUGGAGACUCCAACACCCAGACACAAAAGACUAUACAUACUACUCAGCACCACACAACACAUAUUCCAGAAUAGACAAUAUACUCCUCAACGGAGCUGGUAUGACCAAACGCAUUCACUCAGAAAUAAACAGCAUCACGUGGUCAGACCACGCCGAUGUAGCGAUCACACUGAGGAACAUCCAAUACCAUAACAACUGGACAUGGAGACUCAACACCAACCUACUCACCGAUGAAGCAAUACUCACCACGACGCGACAAAAAAUCACAGACUAUUUUAGUACCAACGACACGGAAGACAUAAACCAAACAACACUCUGGGCGGCACACAAAUCCAUGUUGAGGGGACAUCUCAUACAGGCAGCCACCCAUAAAAAAUGA